UAGGGCCGGGGUGGCACCUAAUCUACUCCCAUAAAUAGCAUCGACGAUUUUCUGAAAGGCGAAACGCAAAACGAAUUUCGCCGAAAGGAAGAAACCCUAGAGCGCGUGGAAGAAAAAAAUUCCUCCGAUUUUCCGUCUUCGGACCAAGUGGUUGCUGUACAAUCUGUAAUUGGGUUGAUCACUGAUGGCUUCAAAACGGAUUACUAAGGAGUUAAAGGACUUGCAGAAGGACCCUCCCACAUCUUGCAGUGCUGGUCCUGUUGCUGACGACAUGUUCCACUGGCAAGCAACAAUUAUGGGACCAGCAGAUAGCCCCUUUGCAGGUGGUGUGUUUCUGGUAACCAUUCACUUUCCACCAGAUUACCCCUUCAAGCCACCCAAGGUUGCUUUCCGCACUAAGGUAUUCCACCCAAACAUUAAUAGCAACGGCAGCAUCUGCCUCGACAUCUUAAAAGAGCAGUGGAGCCCCGCUCUAACAAUAUCCAAGGUUCUGCUGUCAAUCUGCUCACUGCUUACGGAUCCAAACCCAGACGAUCCCUUGGUGCCGGAGAUCGCUCACAUGUACAAGACUGACAGGGCCAAGUAUGAGUCGACUGCACGAUCCUGGACCCAGAAAUAUGCCAUGGGUUAAACAAGGGGAACUGUUUCCAUAUGUGUUUCUGCAAAUAGGUAUAUGGUAUUGCUACCCUAUCAUCGGUAAAUAAAAAGAAAGAACAAAAGAUAGGAAUUUGUCUGAAUAUAUUGGUUUUUUAGGACUUGGCUUGGGUUUCUUUUCUUCUUCUUAUGGGGAAAGUAUAUAUGGAUUUCCUGCCAAUGUUCUUGGAUGUUAUGCUGUUUCUUAGGCUGGUAUAAGGGUAUUGCUGUCUUGAUCA